UUGACGUAGCCGCGUCGUCGACGUAGCAACAUGCUCCCCGUUCUCGCGAUCCCGGUGUUCUGCGUCGCGACAUGGGUAUCCGCGCUGAACGAUCCGUCAUCAGAUUUACCCAGGUUUGGCAAACCGUUGAACAACCUCACAGUCUCGGUGGGUCGCGAAGCUAUUUUCACCUGCAUCGUCGAGGAUCUCGGACCAUACAAGGUAGCGUGGCUACGAGUCGAUACGCAGACGAUUCUGACGAUAGCGACUCACGUUAUUACGAAGAAUCAUCGGAUCGCUGUGACACAUAGUGGCCAUCGUGCGUGGUCUCUGCACAUAAGAGAAACGCGCAAGACCGACAGUGGUUGGUACAUGUGCCAGGUUAAUACUGAUCCGAUGUCCAGCAUCACUGGGUUUCUCGAAGUCGUUGUGCCGCCGGAUAUCCUGGACUAUCCCACCAGCACGGACAUGGUGGUGCGAGAGGGUAGCAACGUGACGCUACGGUGCGCGGCGACAGGAACACCAGAGCCAACAGUCACGUGGCGUCGUGAAGCGGGCGGCACGAUCAACGUGGCAUCGAAUUGGCAUAAGGGUAGUAUUGUGGGCCCGGAGCUGGAAAUAACACGAAUCACGCGCCUCCAUAUGGGACCGUAUCUCUGCAUCGCGUCCAACGGGGUGCCACCAACAGUCAGCAAGCGGAUUCUCCUCACUGUUCACUUUCAGCCAAUGGUUUGGAUCGAGAAUCAGCUAGUGGGCGCUUAUGAAGGACAAACUCUUACGUUGGAAUGUCGUAGUGAAGCACAUCCUAGUCCUAUUACUUAUUGGACAAGGCCAUCGAAUGAAACCAUUGCUAAUGACGAGCACUAUAAGGUCGAAACAAUUCCCAAAGGGUUGUACGAAAUGACGAUGAAGCUCGUCAUAAAAUCUGUACGAGCGCAGGAUUUCGGAUCCUUUCGAUGCGUGGCUACGAACUCUCUCGGAGAGACCGAUGGGAGGAUAAAACUUUACAGGAUCGAUAAGCCGCCAACGACGCGCAGACCAGGCUCGAGGCGGGAGUCGAAGAAGACGUGGAAGAUCGAUCACAACCAUGAGAAGAAGGCCGUUGGUAUGAAAGACGAGCCGAUGCUAAAGGGCGAUGACGUUGGUGACGAGCAGAUCGAUUUUCAAUCGGCCACGGCCUCGUCGUUGUUUCAUCAUCAUUUAUUUACGAAUUUCGGAAUAACUGCCAUGACUGUGAUAUUGGCCGGUGGUUUAGCCACGUAGGCCAUUGUUGUGCAUCUAGAAACUAUUACACGACAAAUUCACGCAGUGAAAACGUUCUCUACAUACGAGACUCGAUAUCGUAGCGUGGUGAAUGUCACUACGAAGGAAUGUCGACGAUAAUGAUGCUGCUAUUGCUCUCCAUAAAAGAUCUCUUCCUGAUGUACAUGAAAUUUACGUAAAGCAAGUACGUAGAGUGAUGAGUCGUUUUUACAUAGAGUCCCCAAAGUACCUAGCUGAUCAGGCCAGAGUGACCAGGGUUCUCACUUCGUGAGAAGCGUAAUUAACACAUUGCAAGCCGAACGUGUACUAAUAGACCUUCCACCCUAAAGACGUAGAAAGCCACCAAUUUAUUAACCCCUUUGCGCUGAAGGUGCCAGAGUAGUUGGCUUUUAUCGUUUCCAUUUCAAGCGGUAACGCUGUUGACCUCGCCAUCACUUGAAGAAAGUCUGUAGAUCCAGUAAAGAGGGGCACAUAUUAUUUGCAAUCGCAUUUUCCGAUUAGUUAGUAAAAUAAAUUUUGUUAUAAUGAUGUAAAGUUAUAUUUUAAUUUACUCAAAAAGUUAUGCUUUACAAACGUACUACCUAUUUAUACAUUUCACUUUUUAUAUUUAAUGAUAUAAAAAAACGUCUUUUUGAUUUGAAAAUUUCAUAAUAUCUCAUUUGUUUUACAAACAUAUAUAAAUAAUGAUGUCUACGUGAAUAUAUGUUGUUAGUACUUUUGUGUUUAAAAAUGUUAAUUAAGCGUACAUAGCUUGCAAUUUGCUAAUAAUGUUUAAUCGUACAAGGGCGCAGAGAACGAAAGUGAUUGUAUUAUGCGUAGCUAUUUCAAAUUAUUUUAAAUGUAAAAAAGUGUUCAUAUAUUAUUUUCUAGAAGCUGCAAUUAUUUUUAUCCAAUUUUGUAUAUGUAUAUGUGUAUAUAAAUACGUCGAACUUUUAUUUUAUUAUCUUUUCUUAACAUAAGAAAUGUAAAUGUUACAAAAUGUUAAAUUUAGUUACGUCUUAUGUAGAAAAAGUAUUAAUUAAGAAUAAAUAAAUUAUCUUGUAUAUAUGUAGCAAGGAUAAGAAUAACUUUGAAAUAGUAGAUAAAAAUUUAUUUAUUAAGAAACAUAAAAUGAAUAAAUGGAUAAUUUAAAUAA